AUGGACUUUUGGUCGCGGCUCAUAGCACAUACCCCCUUGGCCUCGGCCACCUCUAGCAAGGACGCUGCUAGGGAUCCGGUACGAAGGAGACAACGUUUCGAAAAAGAGUACAGCCAGCUGUUGCAUAUAUGGAGGAAUACGUCAAACAUUGCUCGAGACGUCGACGCUGCCGAAAACCUAGAAAUCCGCCUUCAGGAGCUCUCCAAUAUCCUCGCCGACGAGUCUCGUCGACCCCUCCCACAUCCGUGCAUUACCUUCUCGGCCGUCAAACAGAUUUACGUUCCCAUUGCCAAGAUAGCGACCACCUCGUACAAUGAAUGGAUUAUCAAGGAGGCCGUCACCUUUUUCGCAACCCUGAUUGAGAGUGAAGAGGAGGCUUUCGUCGAGAAUGAGGCCUUCUCUGCUAGCUUGACCAACCUUCUGAUCCGUAUCACGGGCGCCAACAGCAUUCGUCUGGGCGCAGAGACAGAAGUGAGAGUGGUCGAGAUAGCCUUCAAUAUUACUACAAAGAUCCGCUUGGAGCCGCAUAUAUUGCCAGCAUGGUUCAAAUCGCAUCAACACGAGUCGGGCCAGGACGGUAAACCCAAGGAUGAAAGAGAGAAAUUUGCUGGAAAGACACAGAAGCAGGACUUCCCUCUCUUUUACCUUCUCAUGGACUACAUUCACCACGAGGGCAAAGUGGGGGAUUUCGCCCGCACCGGUCUGCUAUACAUUAUCGAGUCGGCCUCCAACUCAGCCGAGCUGGAACAGUGGAUAGUGGAGAGUGAUCUUUCUACGCUGAUGGCAACUGGUCUGGGCGCGCUCUACAGUCAACUGAGCCGCAAGCUGGUGAUUGAUCACCCCCCACAGGACCUACCGCCAGUUCUGGCCUUGUCAGACUACCAGCACCCGUCCUCGACCUUUGAGAUUGUCAGCUCCUGUUCGCCCGACUUCAAGCUACAUCUCGAUACUUUUCUGGCCCAUCUUCUAUUUUGGCAAGAUGUGCUCAACCACUGUAGAUCAACCGAGGUCAAGUCGACGCUCCUCGAACAUUUCCAGGUCAUUUUCCUGCAGCAGUUAUUAUACCCGUCAUUGUUAGAGUCGUCAGACGUUGAUGGUGGCUCUUCAGUCGCUGUCUUGACAUAUCUGAGGCGCAUCUUGGAAGCCCUUGACCAUCCCGACAUGAUCAAUCUCAUCCUUCACUACCUUCUGGCUUUGCCUGAUGCCGAAAUGCCCAAACCAUCAAAACCAGAAGCGGCAAUCAGUGCUGCCCGCAAGCGAAAGUCCAUGGAUCUUGCAACCAUGAUGGCUGCCUCUAAAAUUGCAUCAGAGUACACCCCGCUGCUCUUCAAUUUGGUGGAUCUUAUCCAGUCGUGUCUAAAGUCCAAGAACCAGCAAACGGUUUGCGUCACGCUGCAAUUGCUUGCGGUCAUCCUUAAGAGGCAUCACCGAUACGCAAUCAUUACUCUAUUGCAUACCGAAGGUGUUCAUGGAAGUAGUAGUCAACGAACUCGCGGAGCUCACGAGCAAGAGGUCGAGUUCUUGACCGUGCUCGCUGGCUCGGUCGGUGGCCAGGACAACUUUGACGAGAUCUACGAUAACAUUGUUAAAGAUACAAUGACGAGACUAGAGGCUCACCCCUGCUCUCUCAGAUUAGUAGCACCAAAAGUGUCAAUCAACAAUCACAAGCUCCCUGCCAUUCCCGAUAGCUUGCCAGGCGCCCCUCGAGAUGUUCCGCAUCAUUCAUUGAGUCCCGAGGACCCGCUACUGAAUUCCUUGCUGGAUCUAUUGGAAACAUUCUUUGUCAAUCCAGUGGAAACAAACUUGUCCCUCACUGAGACAAUUGUUGACAUGGCUGUCUGCGGUUACAUAACCAUGGAAGGAUGGCUGCUACGUUCUCCGCAGAGAUACUCAUUCGGCGAGGAUGACGAACUCCUCCCCGAACCGACUCUUGACCCUUCUUCGGACUCCUUUACUGAGGCGCAAAAACUGAAGGCCAUUGAAAGAUGCCGUCGAAGGCCGUUGUGGCAAGCCUCGAGUCUUCCUCGCGUCCUGAACAUUCUUGAGGAUUUGGCAGACCAGGUUGCUUCUUUCAAGGGCUCUAUCCCUCGAUUCGAAGAGCUGUUGCAGCAGCGACGGGAAGCCUUCCAGACUGCGGACACCAUUGUGCAAAACCCAUUGCCGGUGCGACCAGCAACAGCCACCGCUACACCCGUCAGUGAGCGUUCAAGCUUUGAUAAAUCAUCGAGACCCACUUCUCCAGCACGCCCCGGUGGAUUGGAAAGCUUUGCGCAGCGUCUCUUGUCUGAACUAAGCACCCCAACUAGAAGCAGUGGUACUCGUGGCCGCAAGAACAGCCGUGCAACUACAAGUGCCGGUACACCAGGAGGAACGCCAUCAUCCAGACCUGAACCGCCCAAGCAGUUUCCGAUGAAUCAUCAAAGCCCAACGAGGGGCGGGCUGUCCCGAGAAAACCAGCAACAGGAGACCCCUGGAUCCGGUGAGCGACAGGGCCCUGUAGCUAGUCAAGCAGCAGCCUUUGCAGCUGUGGAUCAAAGCAUUCUCUUGCGCAAGGUCAAACUCCCCGCCAAGGAGUCGGAUGUGGUUGAAUCAAUUCCUCUCGACUUUGGCAAGAAGCCUGCCGCUGCGGAGGAAUCAGCGGAAACAUCAGUCGACGAGGAAGGCCAUGAAUCAACCCCCAAGGUUGAAGAACAACAGGGAGAUAACGACGCUGCGGAUCCGACUCAGACACCGAGUGAAACAGCCACACCUGACGGGGAGAAGGCUGCCUCCGUAUCACAUGUUCUCACAAACACCAUCAUCUUUCAGGCAUUCCUCCUCGAGCUCGCGGCAUUGGUACAAGUCAGGGCUGGUAUGUUCAGCGAAGUUCGUUUCAUUUGA